AAGGCCUGGAUCACUGACAAUAUGGCGGCCAUUUUGAAUGGGAGAGGGCUCUUUGCACGAGCUCGUCGGAAAGGAUGCUGGAAUGUGGAAGUAAGGAACGUGGCAAACACAACACAGACUGCUUCUCAAUAUUGUAUCAACUUGGUCAGGAAUCUGGAUUAUGAGAACUACCUCUGUUUGUUACUACUGCCUAAAAUAUCUAGAACAUCGGUGUUUGCUGUGAGAGCCUUCAAUGUAGAACUAGCCAGGGUCCAGGAUUCUGUUAGUGAUCCAGUUAUUGGAAGGAUGAGGCUCCAGUUCUGGAGAGAUACACUUGAAGAGACUUUCCAGGGAAAUCCCCCUCAGCAGCCGGUAGCUUUGGAACUAGCCAAGGCUGUCACAAAAUACAAGCUGACAAAGCAAUGGUUUUCACGUCUCAUAGAUGCACGAGAGAGAAGCCUUGACAACAGACCUCAUGAGACAGCAAAUGCUUUGGAGGAACACAGUGAACACGCAGUGUCAUCAGUGUUAUAUCUUAUCUUAGAGUGUCUUGGGAUAAAAGACGUACAUGCUGACCACACUGCAAGCCAUCUUGGUAAGGCUAUCGGUGUGGCAACAGCACUGAGGUCCACACCUUUCCAUGGCAGCAAAGGAAAAGUUUACCUACCAAAUGACAUAAUGAUAAAGCAUGGGGUAUCACAUGAGGAUAUUAUCAGAGGAAGAAAACAUCAGCUAGUAAAAGAUGUUACUUAUGAGCUGGCCAGUUUAGCACACAGCCAUCUUUCAAAAGCACAGUCACUAAUGUCUGAAGCCCCCAAACCAGCAUCAAGAGCAUUUUUGCCAAUGGUUUCAUGCCGAACUUAUCUUACACAGAUCCAAAAGGUGGACUUUGACAUCUUUCAUCCAACCCUGAGAGAACGAAAUCACUUGUUACCUCUGCUCUUGCUUAAACAUGCUUGGAUAGGGCUAUGAAGUUAUGUGAAGUUUUCAGUUAAUACCAACAAAGGGAAGAAUAUGUCAUAAAAAUGGAGGGCUGAGCCCACAGGCUUGUUUACAAGGAGGCCAGGGAUUCUUGUUCAGGGAUUCUUGUUCACAAGUGAGGUAAAAAAAAAAAUACAAUGCUACGAUUUCUCAAAACACCGCGCAAUAGGUGUAGACAUAAUUACAGGUGUCAUGGAGGGUGAUGUGAUCAGGGAUUAUUAUGAUUCUGCCACAGUGACCAUCCCCAGUAUUCUCCUCAAGAAGAAGGAAUGCUGACAAACUAUAGAUAGGACAAACUGCCAAGGGAUUAGGGAUAGAUGUAUUAUUUUGUGAAAAGAUAUUUAGUAUUACAAUGUCAAUUGAAUCCUUUCUCUCUUUUCCUACCUUGUCUUCAAUAAAUAUAUACUGGUGGUAAAGAAAGAGGAAAACCUUACAGAACUACAAGGUCCCUCAUUAUGAUUGCAGCUGUGUGAGAGUUUCUCUGCCUGCAAAGAAACACUCGA